CGGGGCACGCCGCGAAUAACAGCUGUUCGGUUGCGGAUGGAACACAAACGAUAGUUAUGUUACAGAGUAAAAAAUAUAAAACAUCCAUCUUAAAUGGUCAGGAAAGUAUCUUAAUAGUCCAAAACUUAGAAAAUAGACUAAACCACACUGCAGCGGCUGCGAAAACAACUACCUGUUGUAUUACAAUAAUACUUUGCCCGCGCUUAUCGAUGUGUAGGUGCCGACUGCUAUCUUACACUGUGCGUGUGACGGCAAAGGUAUGAAUCUGCCGACCGCAAACUGGACAAUAUAAUCUGAACAGAAGAAAAAGGUUAAAACUACAAACGGAUUACUAGAGAUAUUCAACUUAUCCUCUCCCUUAGACAUUAUCAGCUAGGGCGGAGAGUUUUCAAUUUCGGUGGACCCUGUAUUCGGUAUUCCCUGGCAAACCUAUCACUUAACAAGGUUAACCCAUAUCCGUGCCGUCAAAUUCAGCACAGAGACUCCGUCGGUCAGGACAAGGGCUAAUACAUAAAUAGAACACGAUGCCAGUAAAGAUGCACGAUGUGUCGCCCCGCGUUUUCUGUGCCAUGCAAAACUUGGACAUCACCUUGCUCGCCAGCUAUCCAGAGGCCGAGAUUCGCCCCGUUUUGCCAUCGCUGGUGCGAAUGAGCCUGCUGUCGCCGCUGGACAACACAGAGUCAUCGAUGGAGUCCCGCAAACAGAUCUUGGCCGUGCUCAUUGGUAUUGAGGUUGUAAAUAGCAUCGUGUCAUACCUGCAGGUCAACUACCAUGAGCUUGAAAACGAGCUAAAGAAGGAGCUGCAGGCCCGGCAAAAGUCAGCCUUUUUCGAGGGACAGCAGCACGAGUAUGGGCUUCAGUCAGGCAUUGCAUUGGGCUUUGAGCGGGCAGAUGUGGCUCGCAAGGUGCGCGUCGUACUUUCUGAGAUAUUUAAUCUGCAGCAGCAAGUCUCCGAGCAAAAGCCUGCCGCCCACUCUGAAAUGCUGGACGACGGCAUCUACUUGGAAGAGGUAGUGGAUAUCCUAUGCAUUGCUUUGGCCGAGCUGCCCUCCUUGCUAAACAUCCUAGAGCUGGCUGAUGCCCUCGUUCAUGUGCCCAACGGUCAUCGUAUUAUCUGCGCUUUGGUAGCCAACUUUCCAGACUGCUAUCGCGACGUUGUGUCCCAUGUGAUCGCCAACUGUGACGAGGACGGUAGUGAUGGAAAGCAUCGACUGAUGCUGCUAAUGGGGCUUAGCGAAAUGAAUCCCUCCCAGGCGCUGGCCAACAGAUCCAUGUGCGUGGACAUGCUUAAGGUGCCGUCGUUCAUGCUCAAGCUCACGCUUAAGCAUCCUGAGGAUUUGAUCGCAUUCCUCACGGGCCUGCUGCUGGGCAAUGACCAGAACCUGCGCUCCUGGUUCGCCGUUUACAUCCGAUCCAGUCAAAAACGGAAGGGCGAUGCACUCAAUCUGGUGCGCAUAGAGCUUUUGCAGAAAGUGAUUCAAACGACAGCGAAUGCGGCGGAGCUGCGUGACUUCAAUUUACAGGGAGCGGUGCUCCUGCGACUAUACUGUGCACUUCGUGGAAUUGGUGGUCUGAAGUUUAACGACGAUGAAAUCAAUGCCCUUUCCCAAUUGGUAACGAGCUGUCCGCAAGCCACACCCUCUGGAAUUAGAUUCGUGACGCUGGCUCUGUGCAUGCUCAUCGCCUGUCCGUCGCUAGUAUCUUCAAUUCCUUUAGAAAACAAGGCAGUAGAGUGGCUGCAGUGGUUGAUCCGCGAAGAUGCCUUCUUUUGCAAGCGAUCCGGCACCAGCACCUCACUGGGUGAGAUGCUCCUGCUGCUAGCCAUCCACUUUCAUAGUAAUCAGAUAUCGGCUAUUAGCGAGAUGGUCUGUUCCACUCUGGCCAUGAAGAUUCCCAUUCGACCGAAUAGCACAAACAGAAUCAAGCAACUAUUCACACAGGAUCUGUUCACGGAGCAAGUGGUGGCACUGCAUGCUGUUCGCGUCCCAGUCACUCCGAAUUUAAAUGGCAAUAUUCCGGGCUACUUGCCAGUGCACUGUAUCCAUCAACUGCUGAAGUCAAGGACCUUCCUUAAGCACAAAGUGCCAAUUAAGUCGUGGAUCUUUAAGCAGAUAUGCAACUCGGUGAAGCCAGUCCAUCCAGUGAUACCGGCUUUGGUGGAGGUGUUUGUUAACACGCUGAUAAUACCCAAUCCUACUGGCAAGGUUAACAUUGAUCACAUGCACAGGCCUUUUACUGAAGCCGAGAUCCUGCACGUAUUCCGCACAUCCAAGCUAACAUUCUUCGCCGAAGAACUGCCACCCAUGGCGGAGAGUGAUGAACUGGCCCAAAUCGAGGUGGCCUGUCCACUAACCGCGCAAUUGCUGAUGAUUUACUAUCUGAUGCUAUACGAAGACACGAGGUUAAUGAACCUCAGUGUUUUGGGUGGCCGCAAACAGAAGGAGUACUCGAACAAUUUUCUGGGCGGAUUGCCCUUAAAGUAUUUACUUCAGAAGGCGCAUAACUACCACAACGAUUACCUCAACCUCUUCCAUCCGCUGCUGCGUCUGAUCAUCUCCAACUACCCGCAUCUCAGUAUGGUGGAUGACUGGCUGGAGGACCACAAUUUGGCUCAGGGCAACUCCACCGUAGUGGUGAGCAAGCGUGAGCUUAGCCCGGAGGAAUUGGAUCGGGCAUUGGCCGCCAUUCAGACGAAACCACAUUUGAUUAUCAGGGCGUUUAAGCAACUGCUUCAGAUGCCGCCAGAAACACAGGCGCAGUAUGGUCAGCAGUUGGUGCAGCAUCUUCCAGCGGUGUUCGGCAAGUCAGUGCCGCGGUACAUUAAAGAUCUGUAUAUCGAUAUCUGGCUACGCCUUAACGCCGUAUUGCCCACCACCUUGUGGAUUAUGUCACUGCGGGCGAUUACCAAUAGUUCGGACUCGAUCAACCGGAGGACCUUCGCCAACGAGAGUUUGCUGGAGCCCAUGGAGGUGUUGAGCUGUCCUCGAGCUGUGUUCUGUUCACCUUAUUUGCUGAUGAUCCUGCUGCGCAUACUCAAGGGAAGCCUGGCCGCUUCGAAGACCUACCUUAACAUACAUAUACAGCAGAAGCAAGUUCUGGACAAAAAUGGUCUAGUGCAGACGGAUGCGGAUCGGGAGGAACUGAAGACCACGUUGAUUGCCUCGCAGGAGAGCGCAGCCGUGCACAUUCUCCUGGAAGUUCUUGACUACAUGGCCGGCAAGGCUUCUGAUCGGGUGUCUCAUCUUGAGCUGCGUGAGAUACAGGGUAUCAUUGGGACCUAUGUGCAUCAAGCAUUCAUAACGGAGCCGUCGCUGGCCAAACUCGUACACUUCCAGACAUAUCCGAAGACUGUUAUCCCAUUGAUUGUGGCCAGUGUGCCAUCGAUGCACAUAUGUAUUGAUUUCGUUCACGAAUUUCUCAACGUCACCGAGAUGGACAAACAGAUAUUCACCAUUGAACUGACCUCCCACUUGGUCCUAAACUAUUCGAUACCCAAGAGUUUAGGUGUCUCAAAAUUCUGCCUGAAUGUGAUCCAGACAACGUUGUCUCUGCUCACCGCCUCAACUAAAUGUAAAUUUCUGCGAAGUGUGCUGCCAGCGAUUGUGCGGUUCGUGCAAACGUUUCCCAUCCUGGCCGACGACUGCGUCAAUAUAUUGAUGACCACUGGUCGUAGCCUGCAUUCCCAGUCGUCAUUGGGCGUAACCACAAUGCAAAUGCCUCUAACAGAAAGCGCGAAGUUAUGCUCAUAUCGGGAUUCCCAGCUGCACAUAAUAAUGAUCGAAGACACAUUCAAGGAGCUAGUCACCGCCGUCAUGCAAAAGUCUGAGCUAUAUUAGCUUGCUCGAUCUUCAUGAGCUUUUUCUCCUUCCGCUAUCCAGCUGAUUAUAGUAGUGCUUUUAUACUGAUAAUGAUAAAACUGAUGACCAAAAUACGCAUAUAAUUAAUUAGGAGUAAAUUAAUUUAUUUGGAGCGAGGUCUACACACGCAAUCAUGCGGUUGCAAAACAAUUUGGACUUCAAAUUUACAGAUUUAAAGGGGUAAAAAUGUAUGUACAUUACAUGAAAAUAUAUAUUUUUUUGAUGAAAAAAUGUUAACCUAGGUAGGAAAUUGGCAUAUUGGCUUUCAGUCACAGAAAAAUUUAUUAAUCUCAAUGUGUUAAGACCUUAGAAUAAGAAUAAAUAGUUGUU